GGCGAAAAUUUCGCGCCGAUCGUACCUCCUGACCGUUCCCCACAUAUAGUCCCCUGCCCCUUGCGAUGCAUCAAUGACUAUACAGCAGCAUGUCCGCCACACUUUCAUGUCUUGGUAAGGACGAGAAUGAAUCGAUGGUUCUAGCGGCGCCUGCCUGAUCGCACGCCUAAUAUAGCGUGGCCGCAUUUGCGGAAUCGGGACAAAUUAGCCGUCAUGCUGCGAGGUUGACCUGAUCCAGGUUGAAGAUACCCGCCCGAUGUCGCUGUUCAUUGUUCAUCGUUGAGGAAGUCACGUAUGCUGAGUGAUGGGACUAGUAUUGGCGAAACUAUGGCGGUUAUUAUGGUCCGGAAAAGACCACAAGAUCAUAAUUGUUGGUUUGGACAAUGCAGGGAAAACUACAAUUCUAUACAACUGGGUUACUGGCGAUGUUGUCGACACGAAACCAACCAUCGGCAGCAACGUUGAAGAGGUGACCUACCACAAUCUGCGAUUGGUCAUGUGGGAUAUUGGGGGUCAAGAAAGUUUGAGAAAUUCGUGGUCCUCUUACUAUACGCACACGAAUGUGAUGGUCGUUGUGAUCGAUAGCACUGAUGCGGCUAGGUUACCUCUCAUCAAACAGCUCAUGUAUGAUAUGCUAGCGCAUGAGGAUCUUGCGAAAGCUUCUUUGCUAGUGUUAGCAAAUAAACAAGAUAUGCCAAAUGCGAGAUCAGCAGCUGAAAUUUCCAGUGACCUCGGGUUGCUGACUCUGAAAACGAGAAAGUGGCAGAUACAUGGCUGUUCAGCGAUCAAAGAAAGUUUUUUGUCGACAAUUCAAGGCCAGUUGUUCUUCCAGGUGGAGAUAGUGUGA